AAACGACCAAAAACGAAAGUACACCAACUGUGGAAGAGUGAACCUUUGGAACAAAGUGUGUUAACUUUCAUCUACACAUCUUAAAAUAAGGAUGAUGGUUGUUGGUGUGACUCUCCUGAUUUUCUACAGCUUUAUGGAAUCUCAUUCAGAGCAGUUAAAGGUGGUUGGGCCAGAAGCUUCUCUUGAUGCUGUAGCUGGUGAAAAUCUGGUCCUUCCUUGUUUCAUCAAACCCAACACCAGUGCUGUGGACAUGACAGUGGAGUGGCUGAGGCUAGAGGAAAUGCCCUUAUUAGUGCAUCGCUACAGGGAUCAUGCAGACAGAUAUGAAAAGCAGACUCCAUCAUACAGAGGAAGAACAUCACUGUUCAAAGAAGAGCUACAGAAAGGCAACGCUUCACUUAAACUCUCACCUGUCCGAGUUUCUGAUGAAGGAGAAUAUAAGUGUCUCAUUGAGGACAAAUCCUGGUAUGAUGACAUCAUUGUUCACAUCAGAGUUGAGGCUCAGGGAAGCCACCCAGUGAUCACGAUGGAGAGUUAUGAUAACUCAGGAGGGGUUAAUCUAGUGUGUGAGUCCAGAGGCUGGAACCCUGAACCUGAUGUUCUGUGGCUGAACAGUGAAGGAGACCCUCUGCCUGCUGAAGAGACACAGAUUGACAGAGACACUGAGGGCUUCAGUGUGAAACGCCGCAUCACUGUUCAUGAUUAUAGUGACUCCAACAGAUUUUACUGCAGACUUCAACAGAAACAUCACAUGAUAGAAGCAGAAGUCAUCAUUAAUAGUAAAGUCUUUGAGGCUUGGAAGUGGGACGUCGGCAUUUCAGUGUCAGCAUGUCUUAUUACUCUUGGAGCAAUAAUAACUGCAGUUAUCUGUUACAAGAAAGGUAAUCUUAAAAUUCCUUUAUAACAUUCCUAGCACAUUCAAACACACUCACUUUAAGUCAGAAAGGGUUGUAAAUCAUCCACUUAUAUCAGGUGCGUUAGCGCACAAAAAACGUGGAG